AUCUAUGGUUGUUGUGUGUUUUAAAGAGGGAAAGAGUAACAGAACAAGAAGCAAAUUCAUCCCCUGAAACAUCAUUCUUCAGCAGCUAAAAAGAGAGAAAGAAAGCAUUUUAAUUUAUUUUCCCACUUUGAUCAGAUCCAUCAUCUAUCUCUCUCAAUCAAAAGAUUGUCUUUUUCCACAUUAUCGUACUUCAUCUGCUCCAACGCGUUGUUUACAGCAGCAAAAAACCCCACUCAAAACCCGUAACUUAAAACUUCAAUACGCAACUUACCACGUGCAUUUUACAAGUUUCAUGUUUUCUCUUCAGAGUUUAUAAACUUUUCAUGCUCUUGAUUCCCCCCCUUUUCGAAUUUCGCUGCAGUUCCGGAGGCUGGAUGUGAUUUCUAAAGAAGAGAACCCUAAAAGGAAGCAAUAAUGUUUACCGAAGGGUUAGACAACAAUGCUGUUAGAUGGGUAAAAGAGGGGUCAAAUAAUAUCAAGAAGGAAGUUCCUUACUUUAUGUCAAAUCAACAACCUCAAAUCAGCCCCAUUUCCUCACGAAACAUGGGCAGAGGGUUCGGGCUGCCCCCACCUUCAAAAUUCAGAAGCGGGCAUCUGCCCGGGAUUGUUCCAAUAUCUCAAGUCCUGCCCGGGGAAGAUACAGAUUCAGCUUCUGAAAAUGACAUGUCAACGGAUUCAGAAGGUGAGGUGUAUGGUGGACGAUACUCACUAGAUUCCUCUCACCCGGAUGACAUAGUUCCUCCUAGUAGUAGGUACCAUGAUCCUCUACAGAUGCGCCCACAGUAUCAUGUGUACUCUAGUGAUGUGAGUUCUUGUGUUGAAACCAUGGGAAGUAGAGGAAAAGGGAAUGUGGUUGAUAGAUUUAAAGGAAUUGAGAAAAACCAAUGCAAUGUUAGAAAUAGUGUUUAUACUGAAGAUGAAUCGGAUGAUGAUGAUGAUGAUUCAAGAGGUAGCUCAGAGUUGUCAACUACACAAGUCAAAAAGGAUGUUUAUACUUCUCAUGUGUCACGAGCCAAUGAAAAUGUUACCUCAAGAAAGGAGUUGGAUGAUCAAAACAUACAGGAUCACAAGGCAUAUGAUGAAGAUAUUCCUAGUGCACCUCCAUUUGUGGGCCCAGUUGAAGAAAUCAAACAAGAAGAAUUCCCACAUUCUAAAACGAAUCAUAUGCCAUUAAGAGACGAGAUUUCAAAACAAUCUAAUAGCAAUAAUGUUUGUGGUGAAGGGGGUGCAUCUUCAGGAUCAAUUCCUGUUCGACUUCCCACAUUUCAUGCAAGCUCACUUGGGCCUUGGCAUUCUGUGGUUGCAUAUGAUGCAUGUGUUCGGCUUUGCCUACAUGCAUGGGCUAAGGGUUGCUCAGAGGCAGUCAUGUUUUUGGAAAAUGAAUGUGCUUUAUUAAGAAGCACAUUUGGUUUGCAACAAACAUUACUACAAUCAGAGGAAGAGCUGCAUCUAAAACACUCUUCAGAAUCAGAAGUUGCUAGCAAAGGAGCUGCAACAAAACCAAAGAAAAUGGUUGGGAAGAUGAAGGUGCAAGUUCGAAAAGUGAGAAUGGCCUUGGAUCCACCAACAGGAUGCAACUUUUCAUCAAUAAAACCACCAAAAAUCAAAUUAGAAACUGUUAAACGACAUGUUUUCAAUGUGAAAUCCAAGAUUUCAUCAGGGUGGAAAGCUGUUAGAAGAAUUCCUUUUUCCCCUCAAGUACCUGUAGACAAUUCUCUUUCUAGCCAAAGCUUGGCCUAUAUGAAAGCAAGUACUCAAUAUAUAAAACAAGUUUCAGGCCUUUUAAAAAAUGGUGUCUCAAGUCUACGCAACACUUCAUCUACCAAAGAAGUUCUACAAGAAACAUACUCAUGUUUGCUAAGACUUAAAAGUUCAGAUGAAAUGGAUACAGUUCGCAUGCAGCCUGGUUCUAGUGAAACCCAUAUAUUCUUGCCAGAUAGUCUUGGAGAUGACUUGAUUUUAGAAGUGAAUGAUUCUAAGGGUAACAAUUAUGGUCGUGUUCUAGUGCAAGUGGCUACUAUUUCAGAAGAUCCACAUGACAAACUAAGGUGGUGGUCUAUAUACCGAGAACCAGAGCAUGAGCUUGUUGGAAAAAUCCAACUUUAUAUAAAUUAUACAACAAGUUUGGACGAUAGUCUCAAGUGUGGUUCUGUUGCUGAAACGGUGGCAUACGACAUUGUUAUGGAGGUUGCCAUGAAAGUUCAAAACUUCCAACAAAGAAAUUUACUUUUGCAUGGUUCAUGGCAAUGGUUGCUCAUUGAAUUCGCAUCAUAUUAUGGUGUUUCUGAUGCUUACACAAAGCUAAGAUACAUUUCGUACGUAAUGGAUGUUGCUACCCCAACAGCUGAUUGUGUCUCACUUGUCUAUGACUUAUUGUUACCAGUUAUGAUGAAGGGAAAUACCAAGAGUGCCCUUAGCCAUCAAGAGAAUAGAAUAUUAGGAGAGAUUGAUGAGCAAAUAGAGCAGAUUCUUGCACUUGUUUUCGAGAACUACAAGUCACUAAACGAGCAAUCUCCAUCUGGCAUCAUGGACGUUUUUACCCCUGCCACUGGGGUGGCAGCACCCGUGUUGGAACCUGCUGUGAAACUUUAUAAACUUCUUCAUGAUAUAUUGUCUCCUGAGGCACAAAAUAAACUAUAUAGCUACUUCCAGGCUGCUGCGAAGAAAAGAUCUAGAAGACACUUGACUGAAACCGAUGAAUAUGUGAGUGGAAUUGGUGAAGGCAAUUUGAUGGAUUCUGUUGCUAUUUCUACAGCUUAUAAGAAAAUGAAAUCUCUUUGUAUGAACAUAAAGAAGGAGAUUUUUACAGACAUUGAGAUCCAAAAUAGCAAUAUACUUCCAAGUUUUAUAGACCUACCAAAUCUUUCAACAGCAAUAUACAGUGCAGAACUCGCAAGCAGAUUAAGAGCCUUUCUUGUUGCAUGCCCUCCAACGGGUCCUUCUCUUCAUGUUGCAGAGCUUGUAAUUGCAACUGCAGAUUUCCAGAAGGAUCUUGCUUCUUGGAAUAUCAAUCAUGUCAAAAAUGGGGUUGAUGCAAAAGAAUUGUUUCAUUUGUAUAUCAUGAUAUGGAUUCAAGAUAAGCGUAUGUCUCUCCUGGAGACAUGUAAGAUGGAUACGGUGAAAUGGUGUGGAGUGAGGACACAACAUUCAACAACUCCAUUUGUAGAUGAGAUGUAUAAUCGUCUUAUAGAGACUUUGAAUGAUUAUGAGGUCAUUAUAAGCCGUUGGCCAGAGUAUACCUUUGCUUUGGAGAAUGCGAUUGCUGACAUUGAAAAGGCGAUAAUUGAAGCCUUAGACAAACAAUAUGCAGAUGUAAUUGCACCUUUGAAAGAAAAUAUGACACCAAAGAAGUUUGGGCUGAAAUAUGUCCAAAAGCUCACUAAACGAACCACUAGUCCUUAUGUGGUGCCUCCCGAGCUUGGGAUUCUCUUGAACUCUAUGAAGAGGAUGCUAGAUGUUUUACGACCUAAAAUUGAGCUCCAAUUGAAGUCAUGGGGUUCAUGUUGCAUUCCUGAUGGGGGAAAUGUGGCACCUGGAGAACGUUUAAGUGAAGUCACAGUGACGUUCAGAUCAAAAUUCCGGAAUUAUAUACAAGCAGUUGCUGAGAAGCUUCUGGAAAAUACAAGAUUACAUAACAGUACAAAACUGAAGAAAAUCCUUCAAGAUUCCAAGGAAAGUGUGGGGGAAUCUGAGAUUAGAUGCAGAAUGCAACCAUUAACAGAGCAGCUUACGAAUACAAUGAAUCAUCUUUACAACAUCUUUGAGACUCAUGUUUUCAUUGCAACAUGUCGAGGGUAUUGGGACCGAAUGGGACAAGAUGUUUUGAGUUUUCUUGAGAACAGGAAAGAGAAUCGUUCGUGGUACAAAGGUUCAAGAGUUGCUGUUUCUAUUUUGGAUGAUACAUUUGCAUCACAAAUGCAACAGUUGGUGGGAAACACGCUUGAAGAAAAGGAUGUUGAGCCACCAAGAUCCAUUGUUGAAGUGAGGUCAAUGCUCUGCAAGGAUGCUGCUAGCUACAAGAAUGAUACUUUCUACUAUUAGAAAGUCUCGGUUUUGCACAUACAGAUACAGGAACAAGAUGGCUGAUGGUGUUGACUUUUGGUCAACCCAGGGCUAAUUUUUGUGGGUUUUUGCUACAAUUACUCCCCUUUUGUUUAUCUCAUGUCAUGAGCCUGUUAAAAUCGGUUAUUUAUAUGUAGUUGACAUCAACUGAGUAUAGAAAAUGAUUUCUUGAUGUUUACAUUACAUUAUAGCUAAUUAUAAUUAGGAUCAAGAGGAAAGAUGAUUUUUAGCGUUGGAUUCGUCAUAUUCAUAAUUCUUAACAUAAUUUAAAGCAA